AUGCGUGUCCUCGUCACCGGUGCCUCGGGUCUCCUCGGUCGCGCAGUCGUCACCGAGUUCAAGAAUGCCGGCCAUGAAGUUGUUGGUGUCGCGUUCUCUCGCGCCAAGGGUGACCUCAAGAAGUUGGACCUGGAGGACUCGAACGCCGUCCAGACGUUUGUCGAUGCUGAAAACCCCGAUGUGAUUGUGCACUGUGCCGCUGAGCGCCGCCCAGAUGUUGUCGAGAAGAAUCCUGACGGCGCCAAAAACUUGAAUGUCCAGGUGCCGGGGUUGUUGGCCGAUCUCACAAAUGACCGUGGGAUUUUGUUAAUCUACAUUUCGACUGAUUACGUCUUUGACGGCACCAGCCCUCCCUACGAUGUCCGCGAUAAGGCCAACCCUCUGAACCUCUAUGGUCAGACAAAGUACGACGGAGAGAAGGAGAUCAAAAAGUUCAACUCUUCUGCGAUCAUCCUCAGAGUGCCUAUCCUCUAUGGAGCCACAGAGUACAAUGGCGAGUCAGCUGUCAACUCGUUGAUUGACAGCGUUAAGGAUGGCAAGGCUGUCUCCAUGGAUCACUAUGGGGUCCGCUACCCCACCAACGUCGCGGAUGUCGCUCGCGUCGUCAAGGAUCUGUCGACCAAGGUCCGUCAUGAAAAGGUCUUCAUCUCGGGAAUCCUUCACUUCUCCGGCGAAGAAAAGUACACUAAAUACGAGAUCUGCCAGGUGAUUGCCAAGGUCCUGGGUACCUCCACCGACCAUUUGACCCCCAACGCCGAAGCUCCCAAGGACGGAACCACGAGACCUUACGACUGCCACCUGUCGAACAGGUGCCUUGCUGGCGUGGGUAUCAACACCCACUGCGUCAAGUUCUCGGAUUGGAUGCAGGGAUGGCUCAACAAGAGCCAGUAA